CUAGAGGAGCAGUCCGUGUUGUGGAGUUGCUGAUGAGCGCAUCUUAAGCGACGAGGCUUUUUCUAGCGUACAUCGUCCCCGGAAAGUCAGAGCGGAUGGCAUCGCAUACUAGCAGUACAUAGCUAGUUCGCUAACGUUGCCAGCUUACUAGUUUGCAGAUUGAUGGUCACUACUACAGUGGGCAUGCAUACGUUUUCCUAAGUCUGGUGGGGGCGGUUGAGCCGAUUUGUUUUUGGUUUUAGCAAAAUGCUGUGUAGUUAGACAUUUAGCUAGCAAGCUGGCUAGCUACCUGCAUUACGCCAGGAGAGAAGAGUAAUCAAUCGCCGGAUACCUUCACCGCCAGCUUUAUACACGCAGGGCUGCUGCUGAGGUAGGGAAAACGUAACAUAGCGGUUGCCGGUGCAUGGACCAGCAAACGGAGCACUAAUGCUGCCUACAACUUCAACAGAAAAUCCCAGCCACGGGUAGUAACGCGCGGUGUAUGAAGUUUUUCACCAGCCUCCACCUCAGCCCCGAUUCUAAGAAUUAACUAGGCUAGCUACCGGCUGGAUACCUAACGUUAGCAAAUUAAGGAACGAUCGCAACGCAGGGAUGUUGCAUGUCUUGUCUUGCGGCGUUGUGCUUUUUCCCGGACUCUUUUUCCUCUUCAGGAAACUACUACCGUCCAUUUUCAAACAGUGGACCGAUGCCGACGUGGUUCUGGUCAGCGAAAGGUUGGUGUCCUUCAUCCAUGCAGUCAUGGCCACCACGGCCGGGCUCAUCGUGGUGUCCUCCUGCGACAACGUGAUAAGCGACAGACACUGGCUGGCCACCUACUUUGUGGUGUGGUUCGGGGUCCCCUACAUGACGUAUGACAUUUACGCCAUGUAUCUCAGCCAUUAUUACCGCUUCCGGGUCAAGGGUCACGAAGAGUACAAGAAGCACUCCCUGCGGACCAUGAACUCGUUCGUGCGCCGGGAGUUCCUGCUGGUCCUUCAUCACAUCGCCCUGCUGACCAUCCUCCUGCCAAUCACGCUGUUUUUCAGGAAGGACCAAGGAGACUACUUCAUCGGCUGCCUGUUCCUGACGGAGCUGAGCACUCCCUUUGUCUCCCUGGGGAAAAUCCUCAUCCAGCUGGGGCUGCAGGACUGCUGGCUCCACAAGCUGAACGGCGUGCUGGUGCUGCUGAGCUUCUUCGUGUGCCGCAUCGCGCUCUUCCCCUACAUGUACUGGGUGUACGGCCGACACUACGCCAUUCCCCUCUACAGCGUCCCCUUCCACCUGUCGCUGGCCUGCAACCUGGGCAACAUCUGCAUCCUGGCCCCGCAGGUGUACUGGUUCGUUCUGCUGUGCCGGAAGGGCUACCGCCUCUACCAGCGGCAGGGCAAGGCUCUCGACUCGCCCUCUGUCACGGACAACAACAAGGGAGACUAGAGGACCCCACCUCCGACGCAACCUCCACCAAUACUACUGUUACUACUACUACUACUACUACUUCUGCUACUGUUACUACACACAGCUGCUACUGCUCUACCACGUCUACUACUCGCACUCGAUAACCGCUGAUGCUCCUACUACUGAUAGUUCCACUUGUUUCUUUCCACCUCUCCCCUCACACACACACACACACACACACCCACCAUUUUAAGUCCACUCCUGU